AUGUCGCUCCAACCGCUCCGCUGGGCAACUGGCUUGGUUGCCUCCUCCAAACCGACCAUCGGUGUGGUCAUCCAAGCACAGCCUAUUCAAGCUGAAUAUCCAGAAAAACCAUCCCUGGCCCGUUUGGACGCAGAGCUGCUGCUGCUGAUCACCGAGCAUCUUGGUGCGCUCUCUGGGCAAAGUUUGAAACAUCUUGCUUUGGUAUGCUCAUUGCUUUAUAAGGCGGCCCGCUAUGUUCAGUACCGGAGUCUGUCUUUCUUCAUAUCAGAAACCUUUCCUCUGGACCUCGGCCAGGGUAUGCUGCCAGACUACUGUCGUCUUCAGCGUCAUGUGAAACUCCUGCAAUCCAUCAUCGACAAUGGAUUUUUGCCCGCCGUCCGCGAAUUAAAUGUCUACGUUAGCUGGGACAUGCACGUGUAUAUCCCUGACAAGCUAAAGACGUCUCCGCUCUCGUAUAGCGUCGAUUCUGACAUGUCAGAGGGGCCAGAGCUGGCAUGCCUUGCUUGGCACCAGCUGAAAGAUGCUAUUCCUAAGAUGACUGGGUUGCGCUCUCUCUGCUGGGGUUGUAGCGCGAUGCCCGAUUUCCUGUUGGACUUCCUGCGCGACAAGAAACCACCUGUCCAGGUCAAGCUGUCGCUUAUGUCUUUGGGAAGAUAUGAUUUGUUAGCAAGCUCCAACGACAAAUAUGAGGAACAUAGAAUGUACAAACUGCUACAGCUUCUCCCUGACACGUUGAGGCGCAGCGAGCUAUUGAGCAAUAUCACUAGCCUAUGCAUUAAAUGUUCGGACCUUAACGCAGACGACAUUCGCUCACUUACACAGGGACCCAUUAAGCAGCUCCUGCUCGGAUGUUGUCGGCUGCGCGAGCUAUCCAUUGACAUCAAGAUCGCGCUGCCUUAUUAUUCAUCAGCAUUACGAAGGACGAAACGAUGGCCACGCAACUGGGCUCGCGAUCUCUACAGGCCAGAUAGCGGAUACUGUGGCUUCGGCUUCCAGCCUGGAGAAGUCUUUCAGCCCCUGGAAGCACUGAGCAUUGUGACUUAUGGAUGGGGGUACCUUCUUCCUGAUGGAAGCUAUGAGCGUAAUGCCUCUACGGAAGGACUAACUUCAGAGGCUCUCUACUGGAAAAGCUAUUUCAAUUGGUCGCUGCUACGCUCUCUCUCGUUCUACGAAAGCCAGAUUCGCCAUUUUGUCAGCUUUGCGCCCCACCUGACUGCUCUGAAUAAGCUAGAAAUUGUGAGCGUUUGGGACCACGAAGAGCUCGUUGUCAGAGAAUCCGUCAAGCAGAGCCUCAAAGAGUUCUUGGUGAGCCUGCCACCGUCGGUUAGACUGAAAGCGUUCAGCCUGGGAUGGUCUCCCCUCAGUGAUCCUGAGCUCAUGACACACCUCAAGCUCCAUGCAUGCACUCUAUGCUCUCUCACCAUUCUCAGAAUGCCUGCCCGCAGGAAGGAUGUGGUAGUCAGCCAGGCUGAGCUGGUCACUCUGCGCAACAGCUUCCCCAACUUGCAUACCUUAGCGUUGGCAAUCUAUCGUGACCCCAAAGAUGAACCGGCUAGUUCAUCGCCAUCAACGGGAAGGGGCAACAGCUUGGAGGAUUUUUGUAGCUGGCCAUUCGAAUCACUCGACGUUAUCGCCUCCUUCCCGCGUCUCAAAGUGCUGCGGUUGCAGCUAUGGAUGGAAUAUGACCGAAACACGUUCCUGCGCCCUCCCUAUCUGACGUAUACGACCGCCGGUGAACUGACGACAUAUCUGUGCCAACGAAGCGCAAAUCCGCAUGGUCUCGGCGAGGUCUUAUUGUAUGCAUAUCCAGUGGUGCGCCGACCGGGAAGCCCAGACCAAGGGGACACUGAAUUUGAGUGGCUAAACGAGAUGGGAUUCCGCGUCAUCCCUGUGCAUCAGCCCGAUGCCCAACAUGAGAUAACCUGCCUGAAGUUGGGCAAGAGAAUGAACCGGGGAUUGAAGGAAGUGGCACUCGGGCGCAGAGAGAUGACAGAGGAAGAGAUGGGGUGUCCCGAGUUUUUAAUUGCGCUGAAAGGGUCGCUACAUAUGCAUGACGCAUAUCGAUUAGGUCUUUUGGAGAGGCCCAUGGCAUUUGUGAGCGAUGAUUUCUGGACACAGUACGCGACGUUUGUCUAA